AUGCUGUUUAAAACUUUUCUUAUCCUAUUUGCAACGAUCACAUUAUCCACCUGUCAAUUAGCAGAUGAAGAAGAAUCUUAUUUAUUUGUUACAAAAGACACAUUAAAUCGUUAUGUUGUUCAAAAUAAUGAUUUGACAAUAAAAUACAGUUUAUUCAAUGCAGGACAAUCAACUGUCUUCAGUGUUGAAUUAAAUGAUGUUGAUAGUUUUCCAACAAAUAAAUUUGAUUUACUCUAUGGAACAUUGAAUCCAAAAUGGGAGAGAAUCAAUGCACCAAAACAAAGUGGACCAUGUAAUAUGACUCAUGCAGUUGUCACAUAUAGAAAAAGUGAAAAAACCAAUGAGAUUCAAACAGCGUAUUCGUCGGAAAUUGGUGAAUUAACUGUUGUUUCUAGUCGUGAAUACGAUCGAAGAUUUUCAUCACAUUUUCUUGAUUGGAUAUUAUUUACAAUGAUGGCUAUUCCAUGUAUUGCAUUUCCAUUUGCAUUAUGGUAUAUGAGUAAAACAAAAUGUUUAAUAGCAAUACCUAAACAAGUGAAUACUCUGUUCAAACAUGAUUUAUGUGAUUUUCUUGGCUUUUCAACACCAUAUUGGAUUCAAAUUUGGCCAAGAGUUGGUGAUACAACAUUUCGUAAUCUAGGUUUAUGGCAAGUGUGUAUUGCUGGUUUUCGUAAUCCGAAAAAUUAUUGGGGAAAAGUAUUUUAUGGUUGUUGGUGGCUAUAUGCCAGAGAGUAUUAUCAAUUGAGACGAGAUCAAAUAUUAACACCUCCUUGGUUUACAGCCGUUCAAGUGAUGGCUUGUUUUGGCCUUAUUUUUAACAUGUUAUCGGUCGUUGCAGUAAUUGUUGUAUCAAUCACACGUUAUCGUUUAUCUCGACGUUCUAUGUUUGUAGUCAUAAUAUUAAGUGGUCUAGCUUGUGGGUUCAAUAUGAUUUCCAUUGCUAUCUUUGGCCAAUACUCAGAUGCAAUUGGUGGAAAAUGGAUGCCAAGACCUGAUUAUACAUUUUUAUCUUGGUCUUACAUUUCAAUGUUCGUAUCAACAUUGGCAGCAUUCUUAUGUGCAUUAUUCAUGGGUCUGGAACUUUAUUAUGUAACAGAAGCGAAAAAGUAUAAUAAUGAAAAAACUUUUAUUCGUCAUGUUGGUAACGAUGAUCAAGCAUUUGUUCGUAAAUCGACAAAUGAUGAUCAAGCAUUUGUACGAAAAGCUCCCGAAAAUGAACAACCAUUUGUACGAAAAGCUUCAGAAAAUGAACAAGCAUUUAUACGAAAAGCUCCCGAAAAUGAACAACCAUUUGUACGAAAAGCUUCAGAAAAUGACCAAGCAUUUAUUAGAAAAUCAGAUAUGGAACAAGCGUUUAUUCGAAGAGCAAGUGAUCAAAAUAAUAUUGUUUAA